UUCCCUUUCCUGGAGAAGAAAAAGAAAAGAUAUUAAAAUUUUAAAAUGGAAGGCACAAAAAAAUACUCCGUCACUUCUCAUCUUUCUCGUCAACCAAACACUCCCAAGAUGACCUAGAACAUAGCCAAUACACGCCCGCGCAAAAAUAACUAUAUCCUAUAUUCAGUGAAGAGCAGGAAAGGAAAUAAAAGAGGAGCCAUGGGUGCGUCGCUAUCGAACCUGACGGAGGGAGCCAACGGCGCGGCCAUGGGUCCGGGGCUUGGAGAUAUACCGGAAAGCUGCGUGGCAUGCGUGUUUACCUACUUGACGCCGCCGGAGAUUUGCAAUUUGGCUCGAUUGAACCGCGCGUUUCGAGGUGCUGCAUCUUCUGAUUCCGUUUGGGAGAAGAAGUUGCCGCCUAAUUAUCAAGAUCUGCUCGAUCUGUUUCCUCCUGAACGUUAUCAGAACUUGUCGAAAAAGGACAUAUUUGCCCUCCUUUCCCGGCCUGUUCCCUUUGAUGAUGGCAAUAAGGAGUUGUGGUUGGAUAGAGUGACGGGAAGGGUAUGUUUUUCGAUAUCGGCUAAGGGGAUGGCGAUAACGGGAAUUGAGGACCGGAGAUAUUGGAAUUGGGUUCCUACUGAAGAAUCUAGAUUCCAUGUUGUGGCCUAUUUGCAGCAAAUAUGGUGGUUUGAAGUAGACGGGGCUAUAAAGUUUCCUUUUCCUGCUGAUAUUUAUACUCUAUCCUUCAGGCUUCACCUUGGCAGAUUUGCCAAAAGGUUGGGACGGCGUGUGUGCAAUUUUGAGCACACCCAUGGUUGGGAUAUAAAGCCAGUACGAUUUACGUUGUCUACUUCUGAUGGUCAGCAAGCAUCUUCCGAAUGUUGUUUGGAUGAGACCGAACAAGAUGAAUUAAAUGGCAGCCAUAAACGUGGAUGCUGGAUAGAGUACAAGGUAGGUGAAUUUGUUGUCACCAACUCAGAACCUGCCACUGAGGUCCAAUUUUCCAUGAAACAGAUUGAUUGCACACAUUCUAAAGGUGGGCUUUGUGUAGAUUCAGUUUUUAUCAUCCCCAGUGAUCUCAGAGAACGUAAAACAUGGGGGGUUUUGAGGUAGCCAAAAAUACGAAGGCAAUGUUGUUUAGUAUUGUCAAUGAUCCCAGAUGUUUCUAGCUGGGUUUUUAUCAUACAGCUUAUACUUCUGUAGGUAUAUCAUGUUUUAGGGGAUAUCAUCAUAUUUUGACUUUGAAGUAGGUAUAUGUCCUCUGUGUUUAUGUAAUCUUACUGCUGUAUUUGAUCCAGUUUUGUUUGAUUCUAUACCUUUGCAGAUAGAAUUAACAGAAAAUGCUUUGAUUUGUCCCAGUCUUGCUGGCUUUCUGUUAAACAUUUCAUUAGUUAGUUUGAUCCAGACAAGGUACAAUUCUUCCUUUAGUUUAAUCAAAGGUGUCAUUAACACGUGUUCAUUAUACAACUUCAAUGUUUCUGAGAUUGCCUU